CUGUAAUAAUUUUUCUCAGCGGUGCCCUAUCCAUGUAAAAAUAUUAAGUUUUAUUGUUUUCAAGUGUUCUUAACACUUUUUUUUCUUCAAUUGUGUGUUUUUACAAUGGAUAAAUGUGGAGAAUGUUUGAUACCGGCUGAGCAAUUAUUCGAGACUGGCAAAGAUGGAGUUUAUGCAUGUUUCAAAUGUCAACCGUUAGUACCUGAAGUUUCCAUUGGAGAAAGCAGUACAGAACAACACAAUACAUCACAGUCCACAAAUGAUGAGGGUGUCGACUCCUCAUUGUUCUGUGGUAUAUGUCAAAAAUCGUUUCAGAAGAAUGCACAGUUGCAGAACCACUUACGUCACCAUCGUGCCGAGAGACGAUUCGUCUGUGCCUUCUGUAAUAAAGCGUUUUCCCAGUCAAAUAAUUUGAGGGCGCAUCUUCGUAUCCACACAAAUGAGAGGCCGUUCAAAUGUAGCGAAUGCGGGAAGGCUUUUACACAGUUAACAAAUCUGAAUAACCACGUGAGACUUCACACCGGCGAGCGUCCCUUCGUGUGUCCCGAGCCCGGCUGCGAUAAAGCGUACGCACAGGUGACGAACUUGAACCAGCAUCGGAAACGUCACUUGAGCGGGCGGCCCGUGGAGUCCACGUACGACUGCACCGUGUGCGGCGAGUCCUUCCAGCAACGGAAUCAGAUGUACACUCAUAGACGUGAAGUUCACGGGGAAUUGAAGAGUCCGAUGCGCGUCGCCAAUCAGCGGCGAGCUUGCACGCUGUGCGACAUGACGUUCCCCAACGAGCGCCUGCUGCUGCAGCACGCCGCGCAGCACCUCGCCCCGCACCUCGCCCCGCACCCCGCCCCGCACCCCGCCCCGCACCGCGGCGCCGACGACGUCGACGACAACAAGUGCCUCUACCCGUGCGUGUUCUCGUCGUGCUCGGCGCGCCUGCCCUCCCCGCGCGCGCACACCGAGCACCUGCUGGCCGCGCACCAGCUGCGCGUGCUCGCCGCGCACGACGCGCGCCCGCCGCGCCGGGGACGCCCGCCCAAGAUGUUGAAAGAAGACCCCUUGGACCUGAAAGACAACACCCAAUUUCACGAGGUGACGAUAAUCAAACAUUCGCAGCGGCAGUUGCCCAAAUUGAAAGUGCAGAGUUUAUUCCAAUGAGAUGGGUUCGGUUGUGCGUUCACAUCGGCACGCAGGAAGUCCUCGUGUCUCGUGUAGGUCCAACUAAUGAAAUAAAAUUAUAAUCAACUCGUAUUUCGAAGGCACAAAGCUUAUUAUCCAAUAGCCGUUACAAUCUCAAUGAUUCUUUCGAUGGAAUAAAAAAAAAUAGAACUGUAUUUUGUAUAUAGUUAAACAAAUGCAUUGAUUUAUUUUUAGAACAUAGAUUGUGAUCUGUGCCUUCGUUAUAGCGAAACUUAGUUUUUAAUAACACGCUUUGUAUUAUUGCAUAGUGCUUUGUAAAGACACGCACACAGCGGAAUGUUUAAUGAUAUGGUGCAGAAGUGUGACGUCACAGAGAUCUAUUAAAACUAAUUUUUAGUGUAAAAUUGUCACGUUAUUAGUAUGGCAACUUGUACAUGUGCAGAGAUAAUGUGUUGCCAUAAAAGAGUUUAUAUUAGUCAAUGGCAUUGAAACGACACUUAAAAAAAAAUUUUUUUUAACAGAUUUGCUCUCGUUUUAUUUAUUAGAAGUGCUUUCAGACCGCGAUUUAUAAAGUAAAA